AUUCAGCAAACCCUGGAAAAAGUUUCAGGAUUCAGAUGCUUUCUUUUGUAAUUCUGCGCAAAAGGAGGGGCAUUUUAGCAUCCCGGCAUCCAUGAUGAAGAUAACAUAUAUAGAAAAGCUUUGAGUGACUUGAGUUUGCUGGAAAUAGCUGAGAUAGAACAGUGUCAGGGAGCAAACCUCAUCAUGUCAAGCAAUGCCAUAACUAUAUUUCUCUUGUUCCUCAAUAUCUCUCUGUUCCCAGCUAUCUCUGCUCUGAACCAAGAAGGUAACUCCCUCCUCUCAUGGCUUUCCACCUUCAAUUCAUCUUCUUCUGGCAUUUUCUUCUCUUCAUGGAAUGCAGCCGACCAGAACCCAUGUAAAUGGGACUAUAUCGAAUGCAAUAGGAAUGGCUUUGUUUCGGAAAUCAGUAUUAGCUCCAUCAAUCUUGGCACCACCUUCCCCAGUCAGUUCCUCUCUUUUGGCUUCCUCACCACCCUUGUCCUCUCUCACGGGAACCUAACAGGAGAAAUUCCAUCUUCGAUCGGAAACUUGUCGGUCCUGACCAGCUUGGAUCUCAGUUUUAAUGCUUUAACGGGAAGGAUACCACCAGAAAUCGGAAAGCUAUCUGAAUUGCAGCUUCUUUCACUGAGUUCUAAUUAUUUACGGGGUGGAAUUCCAACUGAAAUAGGAAACUGCUCUAAGCUUCAACAACUUGAACUAUUUGACAACCAGCUAUCAGGAAGAAUUCCAGCAGAAAUAGGUCAAUUAUGGGCUCUAGAAACCUUUCGUGCUGGUGGAAACCAGGGAAUUCAUGGAGAACUUCCGGUACAGAUAUCGCAAUGCACAGAACUGGUUUUUCUAGGCCUUGCAGAUACUGGAAUUUCGGGGCAGAUACCACAUAGUUUAGGAGAGUUGAAGAAGCUCAGGACUUUCUCAGUAUAUACAGCAAAUCUCACUGGCCAGAUUCCACCUGAAAUUGGCAAUUGCUCAGCCUUGGAGGACCUAUUUGUGUAUGAAAACCAAAUUUCUGGGGAGAUUCCCAGUGAACUGAGCUUGCUGCAAAAUCUCAAAAGAGUGUUACUGUGGCAAAACAAACUCAGUGGGAACAUUCCAGGAUCUCUAGGUAACUGUUCAAGCCUGACAGUAAUUGAUUUCUCGAUAAAUUCUCUGACAGGUGAGAUUCCGUCAACACUUGCAAAUUUAGGUGCACUGGAGGAGCUUCUUUUGUCAGAGAACAAGAUUUCUGGUGAAAUUCCAUCAUUCAUUGGCAACUUUUCCCGCUUGAGGCAACUUGAACUGGAUAACAACAGAAUCUCUGGGCAUAUCCCACCUGCUAUUGGAGAACUGAAGGAGCUUUCUCUGUUCUUUGCUUGGCAGAAUCAACUAAAUGGAAGCAUACCACCUGAGCUGGCCAACUGCAAGAAACUUCAGGCGGUCGAUCUCUCGCACAAUUUCCUUACUGGGUCAGUUCCAGAGUCCCUUUUCAACCUCAAGAACUUGACUCAAUUGUUGCUGAUAUCAAACAAGCUUUCAGGAGGAAUUCCAGCUUCUAUUGGCAAUUGUACCAACUUGACACGUCUACGGCUGGGUUCAAACAUGUUAGCUGGUGAGAUUCCAUCAGAAAUUGGACUACUACAAAGUUUGAGUUUUCUUGAGUUAUCAGAAAAUCAGUUUACUGGAGAAAUCCCUCCAGAGAUUGGUAACUGCAAUCAGCUAGAAAUGGUUGACUUGCAUAAUAAUAAGCUCCAAGGCAUGAUUCCUCCCUCCUUUGAAUCUCUAGUUCAACUCAAUGUUUUAGACCUAUCCACGAACAGAAUAUCAGGCAUCAUUCCUCAGAAUCUUGGCAAGCUCACAUCUUUAAACAAACUUGUCUUCAGUGGAAACUACAUUUCUGGUUUGAUUCCUAAAUCACUUGGCCUCUGUAAAGAUUUGCAGCUCUUGGAUUUGAGCAACAACAGAAUCAGUGGUUCAAUCCCAGAUGAGAUUGGUCAGUUGCAAGGAUUGGAUAUCCUAUUGAACUUGAGUUGGAAUUUGUUAGGAGGACCCAUCCCAGAAGGCUUUUCAAAUUUUUCAAAGCUUGCAAACUUGGAUCUUUCUCACAAUUUGUUAACAGGAAGCCUAAGAGUACUGGCUAAUCUAGACAAUCUCGCUUCCCUGAAUGUCUCGUACAAUAAUUUCUCCGGAUUUCUUCCUGAUACCAAGUUCUUUCAGGAUCUCCCCACCACUGAUUUCCUGGGUAAUCCAGAGCUCUGCAUUAACAGAAAUGACUGCAAGGUUAGAACAAACCAACGCAGCAGAGAAUCGUCUAAAAGUCUUAUUGUCUUGGUUGUUCUCAGCAUAACUGCAACAACAAUAAUUUUAACAAUUGGAGUGAUUUCACUCAUCAGAGCUCAAGGAAGCAAAUUUGGAAGGAAUGACGAAGAAGAUGGUAUGGAGUGGGAAAUCACCCCAUUCCAGAAGCUUAACUUCUCUGUAGAUGACAUUGUGACAAAGCUUUCAGAUUGUAACAUUGUAGGAAAGGGUUGCUCAGGAGUGGUUUAUCGUGUUGAGACUCCACUACGACAGGUUAUUGCAGUAAAGAAGCUAUGGCCAAUGAAGGUGGGUGAGGUCCCGGAGAGAGACUUAUUUUCUGCAGAAGUUACAGCACUGGGAUCAAUAAGGCACAAAAAUAUAGUGAGGCUUCUGGGCUGUUGUAACAAAGGGAAAACUAGAUUGCUUUUGUUUGAUUAUAUCAGUAAUGGGAGUCUAGCAGGACUACUCCAUGAGAAGAAGAUGCUCUUGGACUGGGAUGCAAGGUACAAAAUCAUACUGGGAGCUGCUCAUGGUUUGGCUUAUCUUCACCAUGAUUGCAUACCCCCCAUUGUUCAUCGCGAUAUAAAAGCCAACAACAUUUUGGUGGGAUCACAAUUUGAAGCUUUCUUAGCAGAUUUUGGACUGGCAAAGCUCAUCAACUCCUCAGAUUAUUCCACAGGUGUUUCCAACACAGUGGCAGGUUCUUACGGGUAUAUAGCUCCCGAAUAUGGAUACAGUUUGAGGAUCACAGAGAAAAGUGACGUAUAUAGCUUUGGCAUUGUCCUCCUAGAGGUCAUAACAGGGAUGGAACCAACUGAUCACCGGAUUCCAGAUGGUUCCCACAUUGUUAGUUGGGUUAACAAGGAACUGAGAGAGAAGCAUAGAGAAUUCACAUCAAUUGUUGACCAGCAACUACUCCAGCUUUCUGGAACACAGAUACAAGAGAUGCUUCAAGUGCUUGGGGUGGCUCUACUUUGCGUGAACCCUUGUCCAGAAGAGCGACCCACAAUGAAAGAUGUCACAGCAAUGCUCAAAGAGAUCAAGCAGGAAAACGAGCAGGAUUUUGAAAAACCAAGCAAGCGAUUAGUAAACAACCCAAAAGCAUCAAUUCACUGUUCUAGUUUCUCCAGAUCAUCUGAACCAUUAAUUAGAUCACCUUCCAAUAUUCCAUAGUUACGUCAGAUUCUCACAUUUCAGUUAAUUGAUUUUUCCAAGGUAACAAAAUAAGUUGUAUAGUUUAGUAUUUCAAUUUCGUAAAAACAGUUCAUAUUGAUUGUAAAUUAAUAUACUACUUGCUUCAUGCCAAUGUUGUGACUAAGUUGUUAUACUAACGGUUUCUCAAUGAAUUCAAAUGAGCCCACCAAAACAU